AUGACUUCUUCUUCACCAUUCUCAAGCCUCAAAGGCUACACUUCCAAAACAAUCCCCUACAAAUCAGGACCCGAUGGUGAUAUCCUUCUCGAUGUCGUUUACCCUGAGGAGACGGACGGUCUUCCGAGUACUAUCGUCGGAGAUAGAUACAGUUACAUGCCAUACUGGCUUAUUAACGCAGCUGUCGCGCGUAAAUGGAUUUUCGUUACUCCAGACUAUCGACUUAUUCCAGAAUCCACGGCUCAUGCAUCUUUGGAUGACACUGUUGACGCGUACAAUUGGGUACGCUCUUCACUCCCAGAAGCAAUUGACCGCCGUGUCGGCUCAGUUUUGGUAGCUGGCUCCAGUGCGGGUGGUUACCUCGCGUUAUCUACCGCAAGUGCUGUCAAGCAGAAACCAGAAGGGCUUCUUCUCAUAUACGGGAUGCUGGAUGCUGCUGGCUCACGAUAUAUUACACCUGGCACAAACAUCUGGGGAGCGCCUCCCUUUGAUACAUCGUCUGUGCUUAACAAGUUUCCCAAGAAGAAGGACAACGAAGAUCGAAAGCCAAUCUCGGGAUACCCGCCACCUGAGAACUUCCAAGAGGAUCCUAGAUUCUCCGUAGCCUCUGCACUGCAUAUCGACGCAUUGUUCCCAGAUUACAUGACCGGCAUUGAUGGCCUCAGUCGCGAUAUUGCCAAUAAGGGCAUAGAUGCCAUCCCUGAAGAACACCGUCGCCUGCACCCUCUUUCUUUCGGCAAACUCAGUGAGAUUCCACGCACUUACCUGUUGCACGGCAAGAAUGAUUCUGCUGUGACUGUCGAUUGCAGUGUAGUAGCUCAACAGAAGCUUCGUGAUGUGGGUGUCGAGGUUGUGGGAGAUUUCCCUGAAGAUGCGGAGCAUGGGUUUGAUGGCAGGGUUGGCAAUAUCGAUGUCGAGAAGGUGGACGCGGAUGGAGUGGACAACGUCGAAAGUUUGAGAAACGCCAUUCACUUUCUGGAGUCUUCAAUUAAGAAUUAA